AUCUGAUGCAUUGGUUUUGUGCAUCCUCUGAAGAAAAUAUAUCUACGUGAGGCUUGGCCAAGCCCUUAGCUAAAAUCAAUUACCAAACAUCUUCACUUUAGAUCAGAUCAUCGGGGUAAUUCUAUACAAUUUUCUUUCUCUACAACCAACAUGGCAACUAUUAGUGUCGUGAUGGCCAUAGUGGCCAAUGAGUGGCCGAUACUCCUAGCCGGGUUACUCAUUACUCUAUCUUUAACCCAAGCCCAUCUCCUUCGAAGUAGUCCUAUCGCCAAAGUCCCUGUUAUCGGCUCGGAAUUGGGAAGUGAUGAAAAGAGACGACAAGCUUAUCUCCGCAACGCAAGACAAUUAUAUCUGGACGGAUACCAAAAGUUCAAAAAUGGCAUGUUCCGUAUUGUCUCGCCUCGAAAAUCCAAGGUUAUUGUUAUGUCGCCCAAGUUCUUGCAGGAGCUCAGCGAAUUACCCGACAAUGUUUUGAGCUUCGAUGCUGCGAUUGAGGAGACAAUGCAGUCCAAGUACACCCAGGCCCGAGGAACUGGUGCUGCCAUCAUUCCCCACACGAUCAAGACCCAUUUGACUCCAGCUUUAGUUCGCCUAAAUCCAUCAAUUGCUAGCGAGGUUCAAGAGGCCCUUGAGCUUGAGAUGCCCCCUUGCGAUGACUGGACUCCUAUCAACCUCAGCCGAAAGAUGAUCCGAGUGGUGGUUAUGGUAUCAGGCCGUGUUUUCAUCGGACCCGAACUCUGCCGAGACGAGCGAUACAUCGAUGCCGCUAUCAACUACUCUAUGGAUCUCAUGAAGGCUCAACAAGCUGUUUCUAUGCUCCCUGAAUGGAAGCGACCUUUCCUUGCCAGCCACCUCCCUCCCGUUAAAGCCCUUGACAAGCGAUUCGACGAUGCCGAUGCCUUCCUUCGACCUCUUGUUGCAUCACGACGAGCAAUGGACCCCAAGGAACGUCCUGAUGAUCUUGUUCAAUGGCUUCUAAACGGCGAGGCUAAAUUCGGCGCGACAACUACCGAGAAGCUAGCUGAAGUUCAAUUGGGAAUUAGCUUUGCCGCUAUCCACACCACUACUUUGACCACCACCAACGCAUUCUACAACUUGGCCGCUAUGCCUGAACUUGCUCAGGACCUUCGUGAAGAAAUCCGUUCUGUCCUCGCCGAACACAACAACGUUUUCACCAGCAGCUCAAUGCAAGCGAUGAAGAAGCUUGACAGUUUCAUGAAGGAGACGCUACGAUUCCACCCUGCCUUCGCAACCUCUUUCCAGCGCAAGACUCUCCGCCCAUUCACCCUAUCUAACGGCCAACGCAUCCCUGCUGGCGUUAUUAUCGAGGUACCCGUGCAUGCUGUCAGCUCUGACUCCGAAGUAUUCCCCAACGCCGAUAAGUUCGACCCGUACCGCUUCUACAAGCUGCGCCAGGAAGCUAAGGAAGAAGGUGCCGUCGAUGUCCAGGGCCAGAACCAAUUUGUCAGUGUUACUCAGAAGUCUCUUACUUUCGGAUAUGGUCGCCAUGCUUGCCCUGGUCGCUUCUUCGCUGCGAAUGAGAUGAAGAUGAUCUUGGCCAAUGUCCUAUUGAAGUACGAGUUGCAAUUGGCAGAUGGUGCUACGGAGCGAUACCCCAACAUUGAGUUUUCCACACAGUCCAUCCCUGACCCCAAGAGGAACGUUCUUUUCAAGAAGAUCGCUUAAAUUGGGGAGAUGCAAUGGUGAUUAGAGUGUAAGACAGCGUGAAUCAUAGAGGCAUUGCUAUUCUUGUGUUUAGACUGUAUAUAUAGCGGGAGAAUGGCGUAACGCGACUACGGGGCUUAAAAAUCCAUCUAGAUUUGGGAUUAGGAUAUAUAAAUUCCAUAUAUAUAUUUAUUAUGUUAAAAA